AUGGCUCGACACGUUUUUACCGAACAAGAAAUGCGGCUCGCAGCAGAACGACGAAUGAAAUACAUUGGUGCAGCUAAAGUCAGCAUCUGCCAGAUUCAAUUCGAACCUCCCUUACCACGGGAACUGGACCCUAAGAACUUGGACCGGCUACGAAAUAUCUUCCGGAAGAAUCGUUGUCGCCGCCUAGAUGUCCAAAACCAUGUUCCAGCGACCGUGUCCCGACAUAAUCUCGCAGACGCAUUGCAGAAGGCGAAUGUUCCACAGGAAGCCUUGCUGACAACCGAAGGCCGGCAAAUUCCUCGACUGGAAUUUAUGGCGGGGCAACUUCGGGGUCUCCAUGGCCGUCAUCGUGUACAAGCGGGUGUUGAGGUACUUCCUCCGGCGGAUCGCUGGUGGACGGUUGAUCUCUACACAGACGACAUCGACCGAGAAUUGAGAGCGGCGUUGGUGGAUGAAUAUUCCAAUCAGAAGAAGCCGACCGAUGGGGAAGUCUAUCGCAAGAUCAGACAGUAUGAGGGCGAGGGCAAUGAAGCUUUUCGCGAGCGAUGGUUCGUGAGACUAUCGCCCAACAAUCAAGAGCGCUUGGAUCAACUUGACAAUAAGAAGAAUCGUCGUCUCCGACAUGCAUUUGACCGACUGCUAACGAUUCCUGGACUUUGGCCUAGCGGAAUGAGAAUCAGCCUGCUUCAUCGAUUGAUCGCUUCAGGCUGCAUUGAGGAGAUAGCAACCUAUUUGGACCACAUUUUGAACUUCUGGUCCUCUCUGGUCGGAUCACAUCGCCGUCUGAUGAAGAAAAUCGAUCAGGAUACGGUUCACGCCCUGCAGUUACUGGCACCGGGUAAAUCACGCACUGAUGAAAAGACGGCGUGCGGGCUGGUUCUCAGUGGCCAUGUGUUUGCCGAGUUCAGUGCUGAUGAGCGAAACGCGAUAUGGGCCAAGAUGAAAGACUUUGAUGGUCUCAUCCCGUCCCUAUACACUUUCUUUGAGGAUUUCAAGUACCUGGAGAGUUGUGCUCACUGUCUGAAGCGGCUCUUGGGUCCAUCACCCCGAUCUGUGAGGGAAGCCAUGAGUUCGAUCUUUGAUCCAGACUCGGAGUCUGGGGAAAAUCACCGAGAGAAAGGGAAGUGUAUCAUUCAGACCUCGGAGUCUACCUUCCGACGCCUUUAUGCGUCCGAGACAGAAUGCUUCGAGACAGGAUACCAGCAAUUAUGGCUGUAUGCUAUGCGACAUUAUCCACUGAUGCCCCCGGACCCCAAGAACUCUGAUGAUCUGUUGGCCAAACCGACUUGCGCUAAGCCGGACCCGCGCGCGAUCUUCGACAUGGCCCAUCUAGCUCACCGGCUCGGCUUUAGGUCCCCAGAAAUUGAUGGGCUGCUGAACAGUUCUCCGGAUCACCAGAUUGCACGAUCGGCCCUUCUCCAGGCCCGAAAGCCAAGCCGGUUUAGAUACGAUGACCAACACUUUGAUAGUCUGGUGCGACGAAUUGUAGAUUGUUUUACUGAGGCUGUGCCUAAUCAGCCCGGUCCCCCGCAAGAUCUUUUGGCAGACAGCACCGUCAAGGCGCACGCUCGCUCUGGGGUUCCGCAGACCCGCACCCAUAUUCAAGAUGCCCCUUUGUUAUUCUUAGAUCGACUGCAUGCUGAUGUUGAUGCCGCCGAUACAAUCACUAGCUUUUUUGUCCGGCGUUGUCUCUUUUUCGCCUUUUGGGGGAAGUCGCCAACGGUUGAUCCCAUCAAUAACAGAAGAUGCGGCAAUUUGAAUACAGACCAAGGGUUUGAAGAGGGGAUGGAAUCGCCGUUGUUUGUUGAAAAGGAACAUGCACCGGGCUUUGAUACGUCUGCACGGCACAAGGGCGCAUCAGGCAGGUCAUCUGUUACCGGAAGAAGCAACGCUUCAACACGUCUGGUACUCUCCAGUGAGAUCGACCAUUCAGAAAAUAGACCCGAGCCUAUGGACUUAGAUCCUCUCGAGCCAGCUCAAAAUGAGGAAAUCUUUGAUCAGAGAAGUCCAUCGGGUGGAGAUCACUCUACUCCCCGAUGGUCACUGAGCGAUUCAGUGCUGGAAAUGGUCCCUUCUCGCUGCUCGCCCGGGGCUGAUCCAGAGCUUGGAGAUUCUAAGAGUGAAUGCACCCAGAUCUCUCUGGAAACAGUCUCACUCGAAUGGGACCAGGGCGAGCGAGCAACAGGAGAGGAACCCAGUCCAGACACUGGAUCUGCCCUCGGAAUUACUGCACAGACACCUAUCGAUUCUGCAGCACAGCGACGAUCUUCGUCAGAAACGAUAAUAUUGUCAGAAGAACGCCGUCCCUCCAGGUCUGAAGAGCUAGAGGCUUUCCUCAAUGGCUUGAGGAGGGCCCAAGUGGAGCAGGAAGAAUUGGAAAAAAGGAUGGAGAGCGGCCGGCUCAAUGAAGAGCUCAAUCUGCUCUAUCAUAAUCAAGCUUCACCUAGAGAUUUGCUUCAAUCAGGUCAAACUCAGACUUUGUCACUAUCGAUCUCUGCUGACGAGCAAUCGGAAGCAAUGUACAAAGAGACCAGGCACAUCGCAACAAAACCUGUCGACCCCAAUUGUCAAACGUCUACACAACCGCUUAUCGAGAUCAAGUUCUGGUCACUCGAGCGAGGUCAGUGGAACCAAUCAGACUGUCUCCUCGUAGACCGGUUGGAUCCCUCACCCAUGGAGCGGCUCGCACGAAAGUACUCCUGCAAAGGAUUUACACUCUACGAUGUGAACCUCAAGAGCCUUCGUCCGGCCCAUUGCUACCGCGCAGCAACAGCGGAUGAUACCAAAGCGAUCUUCUUGAUUUCCGCCCACGAAGAGAAAGCAAUUGCGGCUACAGAAGGAUUAGGGAAGGAGGAAAAGCUGAUUUCAAUGGCUGCUCGCGUUGUGGGACGUGCACGAUAUUGA